AUGAAAGUGAGAUGUACACCCUGCACUGAAUGUCGAAAGCAUCGCCGAAAGUGCGUUCGUCCAGACUUGAAUCGUAAAUGCGCCAGAUGUGAAAGGCUUGGCAAAUCAUGUCAACAACCUACGAAUCAAGAUGGUUACUCGUAUGGUCCAUAUAGCGUAGAUGGACAGGUAGAGGAGCAUCAGGAUAUAGAUGCCUUGAAAGAUCAAGUCAAGCAACUGGAAGAAGCUGUCUAUUUUAUGGAGGAGCAACUGCAAUUCUACCGCAGCAAAAGCAGGCAUCUCAUCAGCGACAGCAGCAGCAGCAGCAGCAGCAGCAGCUAUAACAAUCCAUGCCGAGCAACAUGGCCUGCACAGAACGACAGACAGCCCUUAUCAGAACUAUCCAACACCAUGAUUCAAAGCUUAUUUCACAAUUGGAAGGUCAAGAUUGAGAACGGCAAUUUCCAGAUAGAAACAGGGAUUCGAAACAUAAGCGAAUUACUGCAGUUUGAUCCAACGGUGUCUUAUUUAUCACCCUUGGGAGGAAUCCGAAGCAGAUCAACAUCCUCCUCCUUCUCUUCAUCAUCAUCGUCAUGUUCCUCCAGCUACCACAGUGAUGGCGAGGACAUGUCAACUGCGUUUUACAGAGGAUGCAAUGCCAACUUUAUUAUGAGUUUUGGAAAGGAAGGCACUGGCAGUUUGAUCCCAUUCACCAUCAAAAUUCUGACUCGAUGCAUAAAGACAAAGCCUGCCGAGCCACCAUCGACACUGCUGCUGCCAAGCACACUCUUAUUGGACCCGAAUGCGCUGGUAGAUCAGCUCCUGACAAACUACUUUAGCUGUCAUAACGUAUACAACCCACUGGUGCACGAGCCUACUUAUCGAGCGAAACUGGCCACUAUACAAGACCCCUUGACAGACCUUAUCACACUGGGUAUCUGUGCUUACGUCUGCUCAACACCUUGCCGUCAUUUGCAGUAUUCACCUCGAGAAAGGCGCAACAUGGGCGACUAUUUCCAUGCCAAAGCCAGAAGCAUCAUUUUUGAUCAGUUUGACGUGCCCGAGAAGAGAUUGGAAAAUGUGAUUGGCAUCAAUCUACUCAUACAGUACAUGCACAUCACCCUGAAAUUCGCUGAAUGCCGUCAAUUAGUAUCCAUGGCUUAUCAGAUUCUGCUCGAUUUACGACAGGAAUACCCUGAAUACCGAGCCACGGGCCCCAGCGCCUGCUUUGAAAGCUCGCCUCAUUCUGGGCACUAUACCUAUACCAACGACCAGGCGCCUAUCACUGACGUAGAAAAGAUGCUGUUUACUCGACAUGUCACCAUAUCAAUGUCCAUCAGUCGUUUGAUGGACUACAUCGCAGACGAUUUCACAGACAACGAGUGCUUUCACUUUCCAGUGUGGAAAUACGUGGACGAUGAAUGUGAGGAAACCAAAAGAUUUGUGCGAUCGCAAAACUGGAUCGUUAACUUGUACAAUCAUGAGUUUGUGAUGCAUUUUGUGAAACAAAUUCAUCGCGUACAUGUGGGAAGAACUUGUACGCUUAGCUUUGAAUCCAUUGUCAGGAUGGAGGAUGUGAUGAAAGAGUGGGCCAGGUCGAUUCCAGCUGAAUUUCGACUGUGUGAUGAUUUAUAUGACGCAGAGCAAUGCUUCAAAGCAAUAGAUCAAGCCACCGAUUCUAUUCUGUUGACCAGCUUUAUACAAUUUCACAUAUUCCACGUCAGCACUUACUCUUGUCUGUUACAGCCCAAAUCCAUGGCGGACUAUGCUCAGCAAAUACUGUCGUGGGUGCAGGAACAUUCGUUGACAAUGGCGUUAAAGAGCUGUCGACUCUUGCUGUACGCUAUUCAUCGAUUGGCGGUGGCUAAUCCAUCCUCAUGUAAUUACAUCUUAACUGCCAGUGAAUUCCUAUUCCACGCUCUGGACGUGCUGGUGCUAUUAGCAUUGUCACCAAACAAGCAUAUUGCUAAAGAAGCAAGAUCCAUGAUGAAAUCCUGCUUGAAUGAAUUAGACUCUAUUAAAUUCAUGCAAGGCCAUCAGGUGCCACCAGAAGACCUGACCUCGCCACUGACUAAAAACAUGUUCAAGAUCAUGAGUGGCAGCAAAUUUGAUGUAGACUAUUACGAUCAGUUUCCUCACCCUUGGUUUGCAAUGAUGUAUGACGCCAGCCAUUUCAUCACUUCGCAAUAA